AGUCACAGGGUUUAUUUAACACGUACUUCAAAUCCACCCACAUACACUCAUUUAACCAGCACCGGAGCCGACAAACGCCUCCUGCACCUCCACCUUACAACAACAUCCACUUCAGCGUCCUAGUUUUGAGACACCAUAUCUGGAAGCAAAACUACUUUAUUCGAGGGAAAUACAUGUGGACUUUUAUGAGAGAGUAACGGAUCUGCUUUUUAUUUUUUAUAUACACACAUAUAUUUUUUAUUAAAUCUACCCUAAGACAUAUUACUAGGGUAAAAUGGAAAGGAUUACCAGUGCUCAGCCUCCUCCAUGUAUGGCCAAACACGGCUCGGUGGAUAUGUCGGACAUGCAAGGAAUGGACUUUCCUAUGUACGUGUAUAAGCCCCGGCGGGGAAUGAAGCGCAGUGAGGACAGUAAGGAUACAUACAAACUGCCUCAUCGAUUGAUCGAGAAGAAAAGGAGAGACAGAAUAAACGAGUGCAUCGCGCAGUUGAAGGAUUUGCUGCCCGAACACCUUAAACUCACUACUCUGGGACACUUGGAGAAGGCUGUUGUGUUGGAGCUCACGCUCAAGCAUGUGAAAGCUCUUAACAACCUGCUGGAGCAGCAGCAACAGAAGAUCAUUUCCUUGCAGAAUGGAAUGCAAAUCGGUGAACAGGGCAAUUCGGACAACAGCGAGGAGAUGUUCCGUUCCGGGUUCCACUUGUGUGCCAAGGAGGUCCUGCAGUUGCUGGCCAACCAGGAGACCGUGCGUGACCUGACGCCCACUCACAUAAUCAACCAUUUGCAAAAAGUGGCGUCUGAGCUCAUCCAAAGCCCACCAAGCCCUCGCCUGGACGAGCCCACUCCCAAAGUUCAAGAAAGCAGAGAGAAACCUGCAAGCCCGCAGCCGAAAGUGGUAGAGGGCCAUGCUAAGAACUGCGUGCCAGUCAUUCAAAGGACUUACCCCCACAGCAGCGAGCAAAGCGGUAGCGAUACGGAUACCGACAGCGGCUACGGUGGCGAGCUCGAAAAGCGGGAACUGAAAGCCCAGCGGGCGAUCUACUACGGCAAAGACGUUGGAGAUCUCAAGUAUGGCGGCAGCAUUAAAGAAGAGCUGGAUGAGCCGCAGGCCAAGCGGCAGAGGUCCGACUCAUCGGAGGAUGAAUCUCAUGACGUAGUUGGCGGCCACAGCCCCUACAUGAGCUUUUCUCCACACCAGCCCCUUUGCAUGCCCUUCUACCUCUUUCCGCCCGGAGCAGCCGCCGCGUACUUGCCCAUGCUGGAGAAGUGUUGGUACCCGGGAGCCAUGCCCGUAUUGUACCCAGGCCUCGGCGGCUCCCCGGCGGGCAUGUCCCCCGAGAAGCUCCCCUCGUCCCUGGUCAUGUCGUCGAGAGUGGGCUCCCCCGUCUCCACCACCCCGACCUCCAUGGACUCUCCCGCCCUCCUACAGGCCCUGAAACAAGUUCCCCCAUUAAACCUGGAAACCAAAGACUGAGGACUCGCUCUGGGGUCCACCAGUAGCCCGCUCUCUGAAUGUUUUGGUCUUGAGAGUGGACUUCCCUGCUGAAUAAGCUCCCGAAGAGGGUUCGGUUGAAGAGGGCGCAAAGGCAAAGUUCAAAGAAGCGCCCUCGAGUACGCCCUCUCAGACGUACGACGGCCUCCCUCCAACCGCAGAGACACUCUCACACACUCUUAUCGACUCCCUUCACAACCAGCAGACACACACCCAGAGAUGGAACGGUCCGCGUGGACGCAGACGGGUAAAGGAGGCCCCGUGCAAAGCACUGUGAGACACUGUGAAGAAGGUCAAAAUGAGGACAGUGAGCUCUGUCCUUCGUGUUUAAAGACCUGGGGUGGGCAAACGGCUGCUCUCUGCACUUACGCCGAAUGUUUAAGUCGAAAACAAUAACCUAGAAUGUGAUGUGCAGACGGUCCCCCAACGACAAGGACUUUGCCCUUUGCACAAGCACCUUUUCAUUUGUUGAAUGUAACCGAAAAAGUCAUUUUUGUAAUAAAACAUCACCCCUGUAGAUGCUGCUUUUUGGACAUUUCUCUGUGCCGUGGACGCUCGAUCAGGAAGCGCCACUCUCUUCUGCUUCUGUGACUGCUUUAACCGAUAAGAACCGUCCUGUUAGACUAGAAUGCUACCAAAUAAAGGUCUUCGCUUCAGGUUGAGCGAAGCACACGAGCGCGUGCACGUUUCUCAUCUCGCGCUCACCUGAGACACCACCGGCGUGACGCUCGUGUAACCACGAGAGUGAUGUAACCACAUCUCCGCUGUAGCUUUUGAGUUUGUCAUCCAUUUGUGCACGUAGGUGAAGUUGUUGUGAGGUAACUGCGUUGUGUAAUUAUUUUGUUUAUACUCCUUGUACAUCUGUAUUUUUGAUACGUGACCCCAUGCAUACGAGUUUUAGACAGCCGAGUGCUGUAUGCCAUGAGAUUGUGUACAUAGCUUUGGACCUAGACUUGAUCUGCAUCAUGUUCUGUGUUCAUUUCUGGUCAAAUUAGGACAUGCUGUUGCCUUUACCUGUUUAAAGCAGUAAACAUGAUGGCGGAUGGAUAUCUAUGUUUUUAAUCCUGGAUUCUACAUAGAAGCAAAAGAAAGUGAAUGUAAUGUUAAAACAAUAUAUUAGUUUUGUAUAGGAAGAGGUACUUACUUUUUAUUUUGGGACCUAAGAGAAGGUUGCUUGAUGUAUAUAUUUUGUCUAAAGUAUUGUUGACAUACAUUAAAGAAAAAGUAUUAAUAAAGCUUUUUUUCCUGUGGAAA